AUGAACAGCUCGGCACCGGGGCUGCUGCCAACAGGACACACCGGCGAGUGCCUGCCCAGUGACCCGGUGCUGUUCGUGCUGGUGCCCGUCGUCUACUGCCUGGUGCUGUGCGUGGGGCUGCCGGGCAACCUGGUGGCCUUGCUGGUCUUCCUGCAGAGCGGCAAGGUGAGGAAGGCCAUCCGCAUCUACCUCAUCAACCUCACGCUGGCCGACAUCCUCUUCAACCUCACGCUGCCCCUCUGGAUCCACUACUACCUGUCCGGGGGGGACUGGCUGCUGUCGGAGGCCGCCUGUCGCCUGGCGGGGGCCGCCUAUUACCUGGCGACCUACAGCGCCGUCACCUUCAUGGCGCUCAUCAGCUUCAACCGGUUCUGCGCGGUGCGGGCGGCGCGGCGGGCGCUGCCGCUCACGGGGCCCCGCGGCGCCGCGCUGGCCUGCGCCCUGGCCUGGCUGCUGGGGCUGGGCUGCGCCGUGCCCACCCUGGCCGCCCGCCAGACCUUCCCCGCCCGCGCCGGGGCCACCGCCUGCUUCGAGCAGCACGGGCGGCACCGCGCCUACGCCUACGCCAUGGUGGGCUUCUUCGGCGCCGCCUUCCUGGUGGUGCUGGGCACCUACGCCUCCAUCGCCCGGGCGCUCUCGGCGCCCGCCGCCGCCGCCUCGCCGGGCUCCCACCGGCAGCAGGCGCGCGCCAUGGUGCUGGGCAUGCUGCUGGUCUUCGUGGUCUGCGUGGCCCCCUACCACCUGACGCUGGCCCCCUGGGUGGGCAGCCGGCCCCCCGCGCCGCCCUGCGGGCCCCCCGACACCCUGGAUGUGCUGCACGCGCUGAGCGUGGCCCUGCUCAGCCUCAACAGCUGCCUGGACCCCCUCGUCUACUGCUUCUCCAUCCGGCGCUUCCGCGCCGACCUGGGCCGGACCCUGCGCAAGAUCGGCCGGUGCCUCCCGCUGCCCCCGCCGGGCCCCCCCGGGCCUGUGCCUGGCACCCGUGUGUCCUCCUUCACCUCCUCGUAGCGAGGUGGGCACCGGGGACCUGCCCCUGGCUGCCCUGGUGCCACAGUCCCGGUGGGAUGGGAUCCCUGGGACCAGGCCAGGGAUGGGGAGCAGCGUGGGGGGAGCUCUGACUUCAGGCACCCUCUUCCUCCUCCCACCCUGCUCUGUUCUCUGCACAUCUCCACGUGCCCACAGUUUCUGCUCAUGCACAGAUCCUGCCUCUGCGCCACAGGCACUGGGAGGGGGGGCUCUGGCUCUGGGAGAGGGGCUCGCCCAGCGAGGGGGGCUGUGCCAUGGUGGGAUGUGAGGAGACAGGACUGGGAGGGAUGCCCAGGGGUUGCUGUCCUUUCCCGGGGAUCUCCAUCCCGCAGGGACAAGCAUGACCAAAGAGCCCUGUGACAUGAGCUGGGCUGUCCGGGAGCUUCCUGGGCAGGGCUGUUUGGGGUCCCGCAGCCGGUCCCAUCCUGCAGCGUUCCCGAGCCUCGUGCCCGUGUCCCUCCUGCUCUCGACUAGGAUUAAAAACGAA